GUGGAAUCAGGGUUCUUCCAUGAGAGUGAUGCUAAGAUCGUAGGGAAGUCGAUCCGGGACCGCGUAGCGCUGAUUAAAUGGAGGCGGGAGAGGACUGUGUCGGCCCGACCCCCAGUGGACCAGGGAGAGUCAGGACUCAGGGCCCAGGCCACCCUAGCCCAGGGGACCUCUGCUGGGGCUACGCAGGCAGGACAGCCCCCUCUGCUUGAGCCCAAGGAGCCAGAGGAAGACCAGCAUGCCAGGCUAUGUAACCUUCCGGCCAGCGCCACCUCUGUCACAUGUGAGACACCACUGACACGCACAUCAUGUGGAAUGACACGCAAUGUCUAAAACCCCAUAAGACGUACACCUCCUCCCUGUCACACAUUUGAUACAGUGGUCUCUCUGUGUCAUGCAGUUGAAUUGAUCUUUGACAGUAGUGUUUGUAUUAUGGUGGUUUGUACUUUGCUCUCUGUUACUUUGUUCUAGUCGCCUGUGUGGGUAAAGACUAACCUCCAUCUCUGUUUGUCUCUGUAGCAGACAGUACCUUUGACAGCGGCCUGGGCUCCACUGUGUACUCUGACUCCCACAGCAGCCAGCACAAUGUCCUCUACCAGUCACAAGUGGAGCCCAUCACCAUGGCAACGCAGCGGGUCUGUACCACUCACAUACACACACACAUGUACACUCAAGACACGUGAACUGUGCAGAGUGUCAUUAACAUACAUGCACUCCACACGCAUAUUGGACACGUGCACAUACAUCUUCAUUUACAUAGAGAUACGCAUUACAUGCACAUGUAUGUUACAUAUGCUCACACACAUGGUUAUUUGACUUUAUCCAUAAAUCCGUAUCAAUUUACUCAUCUGCUAACAUUGGCACAUGUAUGUUUAUGCGCAACGUAUACUGAUUUAAUGCGCACACACACACCUUUUAUCUCAUUUACUCAGAAUCCUCCAAUUCAUCUCUAUCCCACCUCAUUGUCAUAUGUUUUUGUUGUGCAUGUGUGUUUUGGUUGUGUGCCUUUUGAGUAACAUGUGUUUUGCCUGUGGGUCCCUGUAUGGGCUCAGCGUCAGUGUUUGGCUUCAGCACGCCUGGCACGUCCCCGGUCCUGUGAAAGGGGCGAGGGGUGGAAAGCAGCCCUGGGGCCGGAGCUCCGAGUCGGGGCAGGGACACGGAGAGGGAGUGCCUCGGUCAUUGACACUCUGAGGGGCAAUAACGACAUCCCUCUUCAUAUGCUCCUGCAACCUAUGACCUCUGGGUCCUGCAGCCAACAGAGAGCUUCCAGUCCCGCCCCCACAUCACCAGACGACCAGUCAGAGAGCAGCCCCUCUGAGUUCCGCUCCGAGGCCGAGGACGGCUUCCCUUCCCUGAGUGCAUUUCCUGCCCCCAUCCUCCUGGCCCCCCCAUCCCCCACACACUCUGAGGCCCGACGUCAUAGUGACUCUUCUAUAGAAUCUCCGACGUUGGAAGCCACCAUUGGGAGCAAGUUGAAGUCAGUGGAGGCAGCAGGAGGGCGGAGGCACUCGGACCUCAGCACCCUGCAGAGCCUAAACUCUGCCCUUCAACACCACCAUCAUCAUCACCAAGGCGCGCCCAGAAACCACCUGUGCCAGGCCUGCCUCUCUCUGCUGCUGCUGAAGUCACGAGAGGGGGGGCACAAGAAGCACACUGCCUUUCCCUUUCCACCACACCCCUGUGCUUGCCCCCACCGGCACCACCACUUCUCCAGUGGGAUAACGACAACCGCAGGGUCAGGAGGGGUGAAAGGUCAAAGUCAAACAGGAAGUGACUUCUCUGACCUCUCCUUACUACAAAAGAACCUGAUGAACAUCAUCAGCCGUAAAACCACCCCAUCCAACCAGGACCAAGCCUCCCUCCUCCACCUGCCUGCAGCCCAGCAGCCUGUACGGAGCUAUGGGGAUGGGAGUCUGAAGUUACCCCAGAGAGGCAGCUUCAGUGGUGACCACACAGCACCCCCUCUGGCCAGGCCCACACAGGACCGCAGGGCCAGCUACUGUGCUGGGGAGCACCAAGCCACCGGGCCUCCGGGAGUGGUAGGUCCCACAGGGAGACCAGGGCUGCAUCUCUCAAUGGUCUAAAGUGUCUUUCUCUCCAGGUCUCCUUUCCUUCAUCUGCACUGAACUGACAACAAAUUAUAGGUGAAAGUAUUGUGGAUACCAACAAUGAUUUUGCUUUCACCUGUCCAGUUCCUUGAUGUCAGUGCAGAUGGGGUAAAGCAGAUGAGAGGAAUCUGCUUUAGACUAUUGAGAUGCUACCAGACUCCUACCCUCAGCUCGAACUCUCACCUGUAGAGCUGACUCCUCCCAGCUUAUAGAAGGCGCUACUUUGCAUAGGAUGGAGCUGAUGAUUGCUCUAGACCUCACUCCCUCUUUAGGCUUGUAGAGGGCGCUCUGUUUUAAUGCAGCCAUGGGACUGGACCCAGCUCUCUCUUUUCCGCUCAGCUUCAAACUACCAUAGAAGUCCUUGGUCCCUCCCUGGUUCUGUUUGUGUGCUUUGGGACAAGCUGGUUCUCUGGAGGACCAUAGAUUCUGCCGUCUGACUAACUCUCUAACCCUUUGCCAACUUCAGCUAGCCUGUUUUAAUGUCAACGUCUUCUGUUUCUACUUCACUGACCAAAUGCCAAAACGCAAAAUCCGUCUUUCUACACCCGCUCCUAUCUCCCUGCCUAUGGAACAUCCUCAGUGAAUGGACAGAUGGCUGCUGGAAACGAAGGGAAUGAAAGAUGUCUGUAGGUCCCCUCUUCCCCAUCCUCUGCCUCCUUAUUUUAGUGCACACUUGCUGCCUCUUCUGUCAACCCUGCUCAUUGUUUGGGUGUUUUUGGAACUUUAUCUUAAUCCUUCAUCCACUCAUUAUCAUUGUCAUCCUUUGUUUUUGUCGGUUUAGUAUUUUGGCUCAUGUUGGUUUUUCUCUUGUACAGGAUGUCUAGCUACAUUUUUCAAGUUUGUAGAUUUAGAUAUUUGUGUUCAUUCAGAAUAUUUUUACUUUUAACAAGGGCCUAAAAGCGCCCCCCAGAGAAGUGACAAUAUCGCUGUCUGUCCUCUAACAUGUCUCCAUCUCUCCUCUCAGCCCAGUGCUGUGCAUGCGUUGCUCCAGAACCAGUCGUCUCUCCAGGGCCAGCCUGCCUCCGCCCCAGCCCUGCACACCCCCCUGCAGUACCUCCAGCCUGGCCACAGCUACCCCGCCGCUCCCCUGGCCUCCCAACAGACACCUACCGCAGCCGGCUACUCAGCUGUAGCUCUACAACACACCCCAGCUUCAGCAACUUACUCAGCAUCAAACGUUCCUCUACAGCAUAAUCAUACUGGACAGAGCUAUCCAGCUCCAACUCUGCAGCAGACGGCAACAGCAGUAAGUCAUUCAACUGCAAAUGUACCACUUCAACAGCCUGCAGCAAGCUUUUCAGCAACUGCCAUGCCCCUACAACAGCCACACACCGCAGCAAGCUACCCUGCAGCAGCUAUGCCAAUCCAACAGACACCAACUCGACAGAGCUACGUUGCCCCAACUCAGCAACAGAUGAUUCAAACUGCUGCAAGCUACCCAGCUCCAAUUCUGCAACAGACCCCAACAGCAGCAAGCUUCUCAGCAGCAGUAGCCAUGCCUGUCCAACAGACUGUAUUGGCAGCUAGCAUAGCAGCUGCAACAAUACCCUCACAACCAGCUGCACAGAGCUACCCAGCUCCAGUGGAGCAUCUGCAACAUACCGCUCCCCCACAGAGCUAUGCAUCUGUAGCCCCAACUGUGGUCCACACCGUACCUAACCCCAGUCUCCCUACUCAGGCCCCCAGUGUAGCAACACAGCCUCUAGCUGCUGCUGUGCUUCCCCCAGUCCAGCCUUGCCCAGCGUCACACAGCCUCCCAGCCACAGCCAUGCCUCCCAGUCUGCGGCCAGUCCAGUCUAGUCCCAUGCAUCACAGCCAACAGACUGUGCCAGACCCCAUUCAACAGCAACAUAGCCAGCCAAUGCCCCAGCCCUCUGCACAACACAGCCAACAGCCUGUGCCGGUCCCCAUUCAACAGCAACAUAGCCAGCCAAUGCCCCAGCCCUCUGCACAACACAGCCAACAGCCUGUGCCAGUCCCCAUUCAACAGCAACAUAGCCAGCCAAUGCCCCAGCCCUCUGCACAACACAGCCAACAGCCUGUGCCGGUCCCCAUUCAACAGCAACAUAGCCAGCCAAUGCCCCAGCCCUCUGCACAACACAGCCAACAGCCUGUGCAGGCCCCCAUUCAGCAGCACAACCAGCAAACUGUGCAGGUCCCCCUACCCAAACACAGCCAGCCAAUGGCCCAGCCCACUGUCCAACAGGCUCCAGUCAUCCAGAGCUAUCAGUUACCUGCCCAUACUGUGCAGCAAGGUUCAACCCUCAAGAGUUACCCCAACGCUGCACCCCUGAUGGGGCAAAUGAACGCUGCUUCACAGAGCUACUCACCCACAGUCCCACACAUACAACAACAGGCUGCACCGGUACAAGGCUACACGAAACCCAGUGUGAUGGGUCAGGCCUAUCCAUCUGCUCCGGCUCCACAGCAGGCUGCAUCCCCUCAGACCUACCCAGUGGCCCCUAUAGUGCAACAACAGACUGGGACUGCCGCUCCUACUGCACAGCACAGCCAGGCCCAGGCAGCCACACUACCACCAGGCCAGCAGGUGAGUUUAGAGUAUAGGAGUCAAACUGAGGUUGACGCUGUGCACUUCUAACCCUUUAACAUCGAGGAUCUGUUGAUGCUCAGUUGCAGAACUUUGUAGAUGAGAUCAUCUGUGAAGUGCCUUGCUCGGCUGACCUAAAAAGGAGUGCCAUUCCCAUCGAACCUGGUGGAGAGUGACUGUACAUUAGGACAGUGUUCCCCUUUUGAGUCAAGUUUCAGUUCUCUGAGUUUCAGUUCUCUGACCCUGUGUUUUCAUUCUUCAUAGUACCAACCCUAUCUCUACAACGCAGCUUUCCUGAACCAGGUAGAUCUCCCUUCCUCUCAAUACACACUGUCUAAAUGAGCUAAAUAAACUGUCAGAGGGAGAGAAAAUGAAUACACGUUCUCUGUCAGAUAAACAACGUUUAUUUAUGACAAUGCUGUUGUUGGUUUGUUUUGGUGCUCCUGGGAUGAGGACCAGCUGUGUGAGUGUAUUCUACGUUAGGUGAAUCACCAAACUACUAGUAGCCUAAUAAACAGGAGUUUCCUCUGAGCGUGGCCAAAUGGAGAGAAAUUGGAAACUAAUUUAUAAUGAAAACAAUAAUAGUGGUUUUAUCCGCUGCAUCCGCCUGCUUCUCAGUCCCUCGGGCCUGUUUUGUGUCUGUGGAGUGUGCAGCAGUAACAGUAGCAGAUGCUGUCUGACUCCUGGCACACAGACUGGAUGGGAAAUGUGAGCCUGAUUUCUGAUUUGGGUCAAUAGCAGGAAAAGCAGAUGUCCAAUUGAGAGAUGUAACCGGAGACCUAGCCUCAUCCCACUUAAUUUCUCCCCUCUCUCUCUCUCCCUCUCUUUCUCUCUUGCUCUAUUUUUCUUACACUCCCUCGCUUGUGCUGUCUGUAGAAUCUUCCUGCUGGUCAAAGCCUUUCCCAGCGCCACCAAUCAUCAUCUAGUCUACCUUCCCAGGCAUCGCCUCCUCAGCAGCUAUUGGCUCAGGCCUCUAUCCCUCAGCAGCUGCAGCCACUGCAGAUCUCCACCUCUCUGCCACUAACACACCUUUCCCAGGUAACCCCUCCCCUCUCACUUUUACUGCUACCUGUGAUGGAUUGUCCUUUAUUCCCUGUCUCUUUCUUUUUGGUUCCAUAUGUAGCCAACUCGAUGUAGGUAGAUGUGCUUAUUGCGUUUGGCCACGAAAAGGUAUCAAGGACUUUGGUUCUUAGUUGAGUAUAGGUUGGGAUAUAUCUUGCUUUGUCUCUAAUGGCAUCAAAUACACAAUAGAGUACACUGCUUUUGUCAAAAGUCGUGCACUGUAUUGGAAAUAUGCCAUUUUCUUGCAAUUUGCCUUUUGCUUGCCUGAUCAGUCUGCAGUAUGGAGGUCCCAUACUCCAAACCCUGGUCUCUGAUUGCUUUCUUAUCCUUUUCUUCUCCUCCUCCCAGUUUCCCUCACCGUAUCCCAACAUCCAAGUGGUGACCUCUCUGACUGGAUGUGCCACCUACCCUCACCCCUGCCCUGUUUCCCAGUCCUACCCCUCCUCUCUGCCCCCUCUCUACCUCUCCCCAGGCCAGCCUGCCACUCUGCCCCCCUCUGUCUCGUCCCUCGCCCCCCUGCAUAUAGAGAAUGCUCUGGCGCACCCCACCUCUGUGCCCCCGAUAUCCUCACCCACACCCCUGCUUGCCAUGACAGCACCCACACUGCCACAGCAGCAGCAGAUGUACCCCGCUGCUCUGCAACAGAGUGUUAUGACACACAUACAGCUCCCCACUCUCACACACCCUGUUCACUCACACCUUGCCUCACUGCCUGGACAACAGAACACACAACCGCAGAAUACACACCACAUGCACUCAAACCCUGCUGUUGUACCCCUACCUUUUCAACACGUCAUACACCCCAAAUACUCACACCCUGCUGCUGCACCUGAGCUUGCUCUGUCCAGCUCUCAGCCCUUUAGACAGGUAAAUAUAGGAGGAGGACUGGAAUGGAACAAAGGUUUUUGUGUAUCUAGCUAUUCUUUUUGUGUUUUUAUAGACAUGAUAAUAUGUAACUGUGUGUUUGUGGAGUCCUCCCCCAAUAUAAUAUACAGUGGGGAGAACAAGUAUUUGAUACACUGCCGAUUUUGCAGGUUUUCCUACUUACAAAGCAUGUAGAGGUCUGUAAUUUCUGUAAAAAGACGGAAUCUAAAACAAAAAUCCAGAAAAUCACAUUGUAUGAUUUUAAAGUAAUUCAUUUGCAUUUUAUUGCAUGACAUAAGUAUUUGAUACAUCAGAAAAGCAGAACUUAAUAUUUGGUACAGAAACCUUUGUUUGCAAUUACAGAGAUCAUACGUUUCCUGUAGGUCUUGACCAGGUUUGCACACACUGCAGCAGGGAUUUUGGCCCACUCCUCCAUACAGACCUUCUCCAGAUCCUUCAGGUUUCGGGGCUGUCGCUGGGCAAUACGGACUUUCAGCUCCCUCCAAAGAUUUUCUAUUGGGUUCAGGUCUGGAGACUGGCUAGGCCACUCCAGGACCUUGAGAUGCCUCUUACGGAGCCACUCCUUAGUUGCCCUGGCUGUGUGUUUUGGGUCGUUGUCAUGCUGGAAGACCCAGCCACGACCCAUCUUCAAUGCUCUUACUGAGUGAAGGAGGUUGUUGGCCAAGAUCUCGCGAUACAUGGCCCCAUCCAUCCUCCCCACAAUACGGUGCAGUCGUCCUGUCCCCUUUGCAGAAAAGCAUCCCCAAAGAAUGAUGUUUCCACCUCCAUGCUUCACGGUUGGGAUGGUGUUCUUGGGGUUGUACUCAUCCUUCUUCUUCCUCCAAACACGGCGAGUGGAGUUUAGACCAAAAAGCUCUAUUUUGUCUCAUCAGACCACAUGACCUUCUCCCAUUCCUCCUCUGGAUCAUCCAGAUGGUCAUUGGCAAACUUCAGACGGGCCUGGACAUGCGCUGGCUUGAGCAGGGGGACCUUGCGUGCGCUGCAGGAUUUUAAUCCAUGACGCCGUAGUGUGUUACUAAUGGUUUUCUUUGAGACUGUGGUCCCAGCUCUCUUCAGGUCAUUGACCAGGUCCUGCCGUGUAGUUCUGGGCUGAUCCCUCACCUUCCUCAUGAUCAUUGAUGCCCCACGAGGUGAGAUCUUGCAUGGAGCCCCAGACCGAGGGUGAUUGACCGUCAUCUUGAACUUCUUCCAUUUUCUAAUAAUUGCGCCAACAGUUGUUGCCUUCUCACCAAGCUGCUUGCCUAUUGUCCUGUAGCCCCUCCCAGCCUUGUGCAGGUCUACAAUGUUAUCCCUGAUGUCCUUACACAGCUCUCUGGUCUUGGCCAUUGUGGAGAGGUUGGAGUCUGUUUGAGUGUGUGGACAGGUGUCUUUUAUACAGGUAACGAGUUCAAACAGGUGCAGUUAAUACAGGUAAUGAGUAGAGAACAGGAGGGCUUCUUAAAGAAAAACUAACAGGUCUGUGAGAGCUGGAAUUCUUACUGGUUGGUAGGUGAUCAAAUACUUAUGUCAUGCAAUAAAAUGCAAAUUAAUUACUUAAAAAUCAUACAAUGUGAUUUUCUGGAUUUUUGUUUUAGAUUCCGUCUCUCACAGUUGAAGUGUACCUAUGAUAAAAAUUACAGACCUCUACAUGCUUUGUAGGUAGGAAAACCUGCAAAAUCGGCAGUGUAUCAAAUACUUGUUCUCCCCACUGUACAGUGGGGAAAAAAAGUAUUUAGUCAGCAAUCAAUUGUGCAAGUUCUCCCACUUAAAAAGAUGAGAGAGGCCUGUAAUUUUCAUCAUAGUGACAUGUCAACUAUGACAGACAAAUUGAGGAAAAAAAAUCCAGAAAAUCACAUUGUAGGAUUUUUAAUGAAUUUAUUUGCAAAUUAUGGUGGAAAAUAAGUAUUUGGUCACCUACAAACAAGCAAGAUUUCUGGCUCUCACAGACCUGUAACUUCUUCUUUAAGAGGCUCCUCUGUCCUCCACUCGUUACCUGUAUUAAUGGCACCUGUUUGAACUUGUUAUCAGUAUAAAAGACACCUGUCCACAACCUCAAACAGUCACACUCCAAACUCCACUAUGGCCAAGACCAAAGAGCUGUCAAAGGACACCAGAAACAAAAUUGUAGACCUGCACCAGGCUGGGAAGACUGAAUCUGCAAUAGGUAAGCAGCUUGGUUUGAAGAAAUCAACUGUGGGAGCAAUUAUUAGGAAAUGGAAGACAUACAAGACCACUGAUAAUCUCCCUCGAUCUGGGGCUCCACGCAAGAUCUCACCCCGGGGGGACCUAGUGAAUGACCUGCAGAGAGCUGGGACCAAAGUAACAAAGCCUACCAUCAGUAACACACUACGCCGCCAGGGACUCAAAUCCUGCAGUGCCAGACGUGUCCCCCUGCUUAAGCCAGUACAUGUCCCGUCUGAAGUUUGCUAGAGUGCAUUUGGAUGAUCCAGAAGAGGAUUGGGAGAAUGUCAUAUGGUCAGAUGAAACCAAAAUAGAACUUUUUGGUAAAAACUCAACUCGUUGCGCUUGGAGGACAAAGAAUGCUGAGUUGCAUCCAAAGAACACCAUACCUACUGUGAAGCAUGGGGGUGGAAACAUCAUGCUUUGGGGCUGUUUUUCUGCAAAGGGACCAGGACGACUGAUCCGUGUAAAGGAAAGAAUGAAUGGGGCCAUGUAUCGUGAGAUUUUGAGUGAAAACCUUCCAUCAGCAAGGGCAUUGAAGAUGAAACGUGGCUGGGUCUUUCAGCAUGACAAUGAUCCCAAACACACUGCCCGGGCAACGAAGGAGUGGCUUCGUAAGAAGCAUUUCAAGGUCCUGGAGUGGCCUAGCCAGUCUCCAGAUCUCAACCCCAUAGAAAAUCUUUUGAGGGAGUUGAAAGUCCGUGUUGCCCAGCGACAGCCCCAAAACAUCACUGCUCUAGAGGAGAUCUGCAUGGAGGAAUGGGCCAAAAUACCAGCAACAGUGUGUGAAAACCUUGUGAAGACUUACAGAAAACGUUUGACCUGUGUCAUUGCCAACAAAGGAUAUGUAACAAAGUAUUGAGAAACUUUUGUUAUUGACCAAAUACUUAUUUUCCACCAUAAUUUGCAAAUAAAUUCAUUAAAAAUCCUACAAUGUGAUUUUCUGGAUUUUUUUUUCUCAUUUUGUCUGUCAUAGUUGACGUGUACCUAUGAUGAAAAUUACAGGCCUCUCUCUUCUUUUUAAGUGGGAGAACUUGCACAAUUGGUGGCUGACUAAAUACUUGUUCUCCCCACUGUAUGUCCCUCCCUACAUCAGCAGGUCCAACAGCAGGCCCAGACCCAGCUUCCAGAUGCAGUCCCCUCUGCCCAGCCUACUAAGUCUUCCCAGCCUGCAGUUUUCUCCCCUCCCAUACAGAGUGUGCCGGACCCUGGCACAGGUACUGCCGCAACCCAGCUUGACCUCAACCAGAACCCCAGCCAAACCCAGGCCCAGUCCCAGCAUCAGGCCCAAGGCCAGAGCCAACCCCAAGAUCCAGCGCCACUACCCCCUGACUCCCAGACAGCAGCCCCUCGGCCUGCCGGCACCAGCCUGACUCAGCAGAACCAGGCCAAUGCUAGUAGCUGCACAGGGACCACACUCACCUCGGGACAGGCUCAAACAGAGUCCAAUCUGGAGGUAUGGAGGACUGGCCUGACCUAUACAUCCCCUCCCUGAGCCCUCAAAUCUCUCCCCUUUCUCAACCCCUCCCUGACCCUCCCUCCACCUUUUCCUAAAACAGCAUCACCAAUAUCUCUGCACCCCAAGUAUCACCCCCCCCCCCCCCCCCCCCCCCCACACAACUCUCCCUGCACCCUCAAUUCCAUUUAUGCCCUAGCUAGUAAUGACACAAUCCAUGUGUACGCCCCAACCCUUCUUUCACAGCAUGAACAGACUCUGUUUGUUUUGUUCUGUCUGCAGGAUCCUGGUGCCAGCUACUCCUACGACAGGUAUGAGCUGACUCAACUCUUCAACUCUUCUGAUAGUUAUCUGGUGCAGAGAUUUGGUGGUGUGUUAGGAGAGACUAUGGAGAGUUCAGUGAUGCCUAUCGUUCUCUCAGGAUCAGGGUAAUCUAACAACCUUAGACAUAAUGGCAGGGUUGGGCAACAAGGACACCUUGGGAAAACCCCGGCCAAACCGUAGGCACGAAUGGUGAACUGACAGUGCUUGCAGCUCACUCACUGGCUUUGCGGACAUAAGGGUGACCAGUAAAGCAGUCUUAAAGGAGAGUUAUUUCAUCUCCUCGCUUUCCAUUGGCUCAAAAGGCUGGGGAGCAAAGCAGGUAAUCGUCUAUGUAGGCGGAGACUCUCAGCCCCUUGUUUCUCAGGGAUGUGAGAGCUGCCUCUACACAUUUGCUGAAUGUUUGGGGAGCUAGCGCUAUCCUGAAUGGACCAGCGAGGUGUUCGUGGGCAGUACCUUGAAAUGCAAACCUUAGAAACCUCCUGUGUGCUGGCAGGAUGAUUAUGUGAAAAUAAGCAUCCUGCAGGUCGACUGUGGUAAACCAGUCGCCUCGACGAACAGAGCAAGACACCUCUACCUUUUUUGGUAACCAGGAAGUACCGGGAGUAGAAGCUGAGGUGGCUCUCUGCCGCUGGUAUCGCCCUGAUAGCGCCUUUACUUAAUAGAGAGGAGAUGUCCUGCUCUAGUAUUCGUGCUGAGUUGCCAGCCACUACGGAUUCCAAAAUGCAGUUGAAAUGGGUGGUUUCAGAGCAAACUGCAGUCUGUACCCCUUGCUAACAGUGGACCAGACCCAGGGCUAGACUGCGCAUGCAUGCCAGUUCCCUGCUCUUGUGGCGAGUAGCCCAGACUCGAUCACCAGAGAGCCGUGGCACGGGGGGGGGGGGGGGGGGGGGGGGGGGGGGGAAGGAAGAGGAAGAGCGCAAACGCAUGAGAAUGGGUCGCUGCACACAGGGAAGGGUUCUAGGAGCACAUACCGUGCCCUCCUGAAUUAUUGGCAUCCUAGGUAAAUAUGAACAAAAAACGCUGUGAAAAAUGUCAUUGUUGUUGAUCAGCUUGAUCUUACACUCAAAAUAUCAUGUGAAUCUAACCUUUGAGUUAAAAUUCUUCAAAGAAAAAAAAUAGUCUUAAAUAAAUAAUUAUUUUAUUCAAAAACAUGAAUGUCACAAAUAUUGGCACCCCUACAUUUAGUACUUCAUGCACCCUCCCUUUGCCCAGAUAACAGCUCUAAGUCGUCUCCUAUAAUGUUUGAUGAGGUGGGAGAACACAUAGGGAAGGGAUUGGACACCAUUCAUCCAUAUAGAAACUCUCCAGAUCCUUCAGAGUCAUUGGUCCUCACUUGUGGACUCUCCUCUUCAGCUCACCCCACAGAGGUUUAGGUCAGGGGACUGGGAUGGCCAUUGCAAAAGCUUGAUUCUAUGGUCAGUGAACCAUUUUCGUGUGGAUUUGGAGGUAUGCUUUGGAUCGCUGGAAGAUCCAAUGACGACCCAGUUUUAGCCUCUUGGAACAUGAUGGAGUCCAUGAUGCCAAUGCAUCCUAACAAUCUUCCCAGGGCCUUUGGAAGUAAAACAGCCCCACAACAUCACAGAUCCACCACCAUACUUCACAGUGGGGAUUAGGUUUUUUUCUGCAUGACCAUUUCAAACCCACCUUUGGUGUUUGUUGCCAAAAAGCUAUAUUUUAGUCUCAUCAGACCAUAGAACCUGGUUCCAAUCAAAGUUCCAAUGACAUUUAGAAAACUCCAGGCGCUUACGUUUGUGGUUUGGUGACAGCAGAGGCUUUCUUCUGGCAACCCUUCCAAAUAACUAAAAUAACUUGUUGGCAUGGAGGUGGUGUCUAAUUGUAGUUUUGGAGACUUGGUGACCCCAAGAUGUAACCAACUUCUGCUGUUCUCCAACCGUGAUCCUUGGAGAUUUUUUUUGCCACUUGAACCAUCGUUCUCACUGUGCGUGGGGACAAAAUACACUUGCGUCCUCUUCCAGGCAGGUUCAUCACAGCUUCAGUUUUACAUUUCUUCAUUGUUGCCCUAAUAGUGUAGAUGGGUAUUUUCAGGCAUGUAGCUAUCUUUUUAUAGACGUUGCCUGAUUUGUGAAGGUCAAUAACCUUUUGUCUUAUUUCAUUUGUGUCUUCUCUGGCCUUUCCCAUGCUGACUAAGGGAGUUUAGUCUAUGUGUCUCAUUUACACCCCAGUGAAACAGGAAGUCAUGGAUGACCUUUUUAAAAGACUUAGAUAAAAUCGGAAAUUUGACGAACUCACUUAGCUCUUCAGUACGGGCCAUUCUACUGCUAAUGUUUGUUUAUGGAGAUUGCAUGGCCUGUCAGCAACGGUGUGGCUGAAAUAGCCGGAUCCACUAAUUUGAAGGGGUGUCCACAUACUUUUGUAUAUAUAGUGUAUCUCUCUUUUAUUUCGCCUCACUAAAAACAGUUUCUAAGCCUUUAGUCCCGUCUUGGGACCUGUCUAUUGUGCUUGAGGUCUUUUUACAGCAGCCUUUUUUUUAGCCGCUGGAAAGUGAGGAAAUAAGAUCUCUCCUUCUAACCACUACUAAUUUCCCUUACAUCUGCGAAGCGAGUGAGUGAGCUGCACGCAUUGUCAGUCCACCAUUCAUGCCUACAGUUUGCCCCGGGAUUAUCCAAGGUAACCUUGUUACCUAACCUCACCUUCAUGCCUAAGGUCAGCAAUAAUGUAUUGUCUCGCCUUAGAGCUUGUGGCUUUCCAAACCUAGGACUGUUGCAUUGUGUUGUGAAUUCCAUUCUGUGAACGUUGAGGCAGACAUAAUAGCCUAGGCCUAGGCUACCAGCCACACAGGCAGCAAGAGGGGAGCAGGGAACUGUCCUUUAUCAUUGCGUGCUAGGAAUAUGGGACCAAAUUCUACACUUUUUACUACUUUAAUACACAUAUAAUUGAAUUUGUCCCAAUACUUUUGGUCCUCUAAAAUGGGGGGACUGUGUACAAAAAGUACUGUGAUUUCUAAACAGUUCACCCGAUAUGGAUAAAAACAACCCUCAAAUUAAAGCUGACAGUCUGCACUUUAACCUCAGUCAUUGUAUCAUUUCAAAUCCAAAGUGCUGGAGUACAGAGCCAAAACAACAAAAAAUUUGUCACUGUCCCAAUACUUUUGGAGCUACCGAAUGUCAUCUUUGGUGAGUUUGUACAUUUACAAGCGAAUGUGAAUGAGAGAUAUUGUGCAAAUGAACAACGUUUUGAUGCAUGCUUGUCUGAAGGAAGAACAGUACUGGCUCUGGAGCAGUAUGUGUACUCGCUGUGUCUGUGUGGAGUCUGGAGUCGCUAGGGCAACAGGCCUGCCUGCUCUGCUCGGAGAAGAUGGGGGGAGGAGCAGACAGGCCAAGAACAGAGAGGAGAAAAAAACGCAAGGAAAUCAAAAGAUGGCAGCUGUACAGAUAACUCAUCCAAAGGGCUUUGACUUCUCAAACACAUUUUUACAUUUACAUGUUAGUCAUUUAGCAGACGCUCUUAUCCAGAGCGACUUAGUUAGUGUAUUCAUCUUAAGAUAGCUAGGUGGGACAACCACAUAUCACAGGCAUAGAAAGUACAUUUUCCUCAAUAACUUAGCUAUCAGUAGAGUCCGAGCUAGAAGGGGGUGGGUCAAGUGCAAGUUCUGGUAAAAAAAAGGUGAGGAGGAUUAUUUAAGAUACUUUUUGAAGAGGAAGGGUUUCAGAUGUUUUCGGAAGAUGGGCCAGGGACUCUGCUGUCCUAGCUUCAGGGGAAAGCUGGUUCCACCAUUGGGGUGCCAGGACAGAGAAGAGAUUGGACUGGGCUGAGCGGGUGCUGCCCUCGUGGAGGGCCAAGAGACCUGAGGUGGCAGAACGGAGUGCUCGGGUUGGGGUAUAGGGUUUAGCAUAGCCUGAAGGUAGGGAGGAGCAGUUCCUCUUGCUGUUCCGUAGGUAAACACCAUGAUCUUGUAGUGGAUGCAAGCUUCGACUGGAAGCCAGUGGAGUGUGUGGAGGAGCGGGGUGACAUGAGAGAACUUGGGAAGGUUGAAAACCAGGCGGGCUGCAGGGUUCUGGAUGGGUUGCAGGGGUUUGAUGGCACAAGCGGGGAGCCCAGCCAACAGCGAGUUGAAGUAGUCCAGACGAGAGAGGACAAGUGCCUGGAUUAGGACCUGCGGCGCAGAAAGCUAACACAAUACGAUGCCCCGUCACCUUAUUAAUUCAACCACUUACUUGUAUAACUAGCAAGUAAAAUUUAGGGGUCGUGUUAAUGCAGAAUUCUUCAUUUUUCACGCCGGAAGAAAUAUCAAACCCAUAAGAAAUAUCUUGCUGUGUUUUAUAAACGCAGAUCUAAAAUGCUUCUUAUUGUAAUUUCUGCUCAGCAUCAGACUAAUUUUGUUCUUCAGUUGCACUUCUCCACUGCGAUGAGAAUUCACGAACGGGCAUUCUAUUAGCAGACAGUCCUCUGACUGAUGUGGAGCUACUUUUAUCCGGUACUUUUCUUGGUGUAGCCAGCCUAGUUUUCUCUGGUGAAAUGCAAGAUUAACUUUAAGCAAAACAUUAGGAAAUGUAGUUGGCAAAAAUUUUGGGGGGGUAAAUAUUAGAUAUAAAUGAUGAUGUCCAUGCAAAAUCAAAAAUCUUUGCUAACCGGUCACAUAGCUAUCUGCUUAGCUAGCUUGCUUAUUGCAUGUAUGUCCAGGCCCAUUGAUACUAGCCUUAUUAUUAGUGAAUUAACUAAACAAAUAUUUGCAACAGGAGUUCUAUUUUGGUCACUGUGUCAAUUCAUCCAUUUCUCAAUACUGCACCUUUCUGUUGGAGAAUGAGCUAGCUUGCUGCUUCUGAUUUUCCCAGCUAGACAUUCCUCGGCAUUGGGCAGUGCUCGUGGCUCAGGCGGGGAGUGGCGGCUGGCAUAGCAGCAGCUUUACUAUGUAGAGGGACUAUCGGCAAAGCCGAUAGAGUAGGGCCGAUAGACUAGAAAAGGCCAACAUCGGCCCGAUAUAUCGGCUAGGCCGAUUUAUGGGUCGUUCUCUAGGAUAUAGGCCUACCAAUUUGGCAACAGGGAAAUCUGGAUACUGUUUCUUCAACCUGAUAUAAGUGUUAGAAAGAUAUGUGUUGUAACAAGACCCUUGUAUCAUCUUAAGAUAAACAAUUUCCCUUGAGUGUGGGCGGGCCUGCAUUUAUCUUGACCUCGAUCAACCACCUUGUUAAGCUUUUAUUUUGAUAUGCACAUACUGUUGUCAAUAUCAGCCAACCCUGGUAAUUGAACACCCAAGAAGUGCAUACACUGUUCGAGUGCAUUUCAGUUCACCAUGUUCAGACAUUCACGACUGUCUCAAGCCGUUGCAUUUAUAGAUUAAUGAGUUGGACUGUAUAGUUGACUUUUCUUUCAUCUUUCAUGAACCAGUGUGAACUCAGACGCCACCUCAGGGAAGGAGAUGAGCGACGGUAACGAGGGGACGCACGGAUCAGGGAAGGGCGAGAGCAAGGUCCGGAAACCCCACCGCCGCUCCACGCGCACCCGCUCACGCCAGGACAAGAUCAACAAGCCCAAACUCAGCAUGCUCAACGUGAGUACAGCACGUAUAUUUAUAGUAGUCUUAGAUCAAUCGGCACACAUCCAUGUCUCUGACACCUGUUCCUCUCUGGUUUUUUCCCUGGACAGGUGUGUUAUACAGGGGAUAAGAUGGUGGAGUGUCAGCUGGAGACCCACAACCACAAAAUGGUUACCUUCAAGUUCGACCUGGACGGGGACGCACCGGAGGAGAUUGCCACUUACAUGGUAUGGUUAGAGUAGACCCUACUCUAUGAAAACCUCCAAAACCAAGGGAACCCCCCACACAAACUUUUGAAAUCUUGAAUAUCCAUCACAAUCUAAACACCUACACAGAUGCACACGGAGCAACAACAAAAAUGUCCACCACACCCCAGAAAUCCUCUGUUACCCCUUUCAGCCGGCCUCUCCUAAACUCGGUGUGUGUGCUCUUUAUGCCUGCUAGCUCUUAGUGAGUGAGAUGCUCUUUCAUGUUCCAGGGCACUGAAACGCCAUGUAAUGCUGUUCUUCUUCACUGCAUUGCAGCAAAAACAUUCCCCUCUCUCUCUCUCUCUCUCUCUCUCUAAAAACCCCAGCCCUGUUCAUUUUGGACCGUUAUGCUUUUUUGUACGUGGAUUGCACAUUUUGUUGCACAUUAUUUUUUGUUUCAUUCUCCCAAAAUCUAAAUAGAUUUCCAAAACUGGUGCCUCUGGCCGUGCUUUGGAUAGGCAGGUUUCAAACACUUUCACAUAGGCCAACACAAUUUUUAUCAAAGGAGAGUCCAGACGGGACCGUUUAUUAUAAACCUUUCAGGGGAUUUGACAUUGAUGGAUUGUGUCUUUUUGUCUGUUAGGUGGAGAAUGACUUCAUCCUGCUCCUGGAGAAGGAGAUGUUUAUAGAGCAGUUGAAGGACAUUGUGGACAAGGCUGAGGACAUGCUGAGUGAGGACACAGAGGGGGAGAGGAUCUCUGACCACGCGGGCAGUCCCCAGCAGAUCCACGGAGCAGUCAUACUGGGGGGAGAGGUGAGGAGGAAUGGGGGGUUUUAGGGGUAACAGAGUUAUGGGGGAGAGGUGCAGGUUGUCUUUCUCAGAUAUAUCUGCCAAAACUCUCAAGAUGACUUAGUGAGCAGGGUAGCCAACAAACCACUGCCAAGAUAGAAACAUUGUUGCUGAUGGGACACUUUUGGCUAACCUAAUUUGUCAGCCGAGCCAACACAGUGACAUUGUUGAGAGGAUCCUUUCAAGCUUAAUUGUCUCAAAGUUAUAGUCUUGAGUGCCAGCCAUGUAUAACUAUUCUCUCCCUUUUUAGGGUUCAAAGACGGCUACACCUAAUUCACCACAACUUGUGUACCAGCAGAACGGUAGGGCUUCGUUAGCUCCUGGCCACAUUGUGUGAAGGCUUUUGCUCCAGCCCAGCUGUAAUACAUCAAUACAGAAAAUAAACUAAUCAUGGUCUUCAAAUGAGUUUUAACCUCUUAAGGAUCGGACCCUUUUUUUCAAUUUUCGUCUAAAAUGACAUACCCAAAUCUAACUGCCUGUAGCUCAGGACCUGAAGCAAGGAUAUGCAUAUUCUUGAUACCAGUUGAAAGGAAACACUUUGAAGUUUGUGGAAAUGUGAAAUUAAUGUAGGAGAAUAUAACACAUUAGAUCUGGUAAAAGAUAAUACAAACAAAAAAACAUGCCUUUUAUAUAUAUUUUUUGGUUCCAUCAUCUUUGAAAUGCAAGAGAAAGGCCACAAUAUAAUAUUGCAGUUUAGGCACAAUUUUGAUUUUGGCCACUAGAUGGCAGCAGUGUGUGUGCAAAGUUUCAGAUUGAUCCAGUGAAGCAUUGCAAUACUGGACUAUUUUGAAUCAAGUCUGCCCAAAUGUGCCGAAUUGGUCAAUUGAUACAUUUUCAAGUACAUAACUAUAGAGAACAUACAUUUUGUAUUACCAUAUCAUUUUUGUAAGUUUACACACUCCCAGGAAUGUCAUACAUGAUGGAUCAUUAGCUUAUACACUAACUUUCACUCAUCUAGAUGGCGGGGUGGGUGUGAAGCCAGAGACAGCAGGGGUUCAAACUGUAGAACCCAGUUCCUACAUUUUAAUAUAAAAAUUUAUUUUAUCAAACAAAACGAUGCUACAUUUUAUCUCUGGGACCCUUAGGAUGACAAAUCAGAGCAAGAUUACAUUCAGAGGUGAAUGUAUUAAACCAGUUUGUUGUUGUUGUGCACUCUCCUCAAACAAUAGAAUGGUAUUUUUUCACUGUAAUAGCUACUGUAAAUUGGACAGUACAGUUAGAGUAACAAUCAUUUCAGCUUUCUGCCCAUAUAAGACAUGUCUAUGUCCUGGAAAGUCUGCUGUUACUUACAACAGUCAUGCUAAUCACAUUAGUGCACGUUAGCUCAACCGUCCGUUAUACGGGACACCGGUCCCGUAGAGGUUAAUGAUGUAUGUAACAGAUAAGUUGGAACAAAUGCCUGCACAAGGUCUUGCAGGACCCCUAAUAUACCAUCUUAUCUCCAACCCACUACAUAGUACAUUACAGCCUCUCUGUGACUCUGGUGAACCUCAGACACAGGAGAUUUCCUGCCUCAGUAGAAUCUCUCUCUUCUUUUACAUCUCUGUCCUGUCGUCCCUCAGUCUUUACGUCUCCCCCAAUCAAUCUCUCCAUCCAUUCUCUUCCUCUAAACAUAAUUUGACAGUUGAUAUGAAUUUGUGAGCAUCUCUAUCUGUUGUUCAUCUGCGUUUAUGAGCGCACGUCUUUCUUCCUCUAUAGCUCUAUCUUACUGUUAGAUCUGUAUCUAUGAGCGUGUUUCUUUGUCUGUGUACUUGGCAGUCCUCCACACUGGGAAGCGCUGGUUCAUCAUCUGCCCCGUGGCCGAGACGCCCACGCCAGACAGAGAGAGGACUUCAUCAGACACCUCUACAGCCAAGGGUGCACACACACACACCCAUCCAUACACACACGUACACACAAUCACACGGACGUACACACACACGCACGUAUGUACGCGUAUGAUCACGCACACACACACACACACCCAUCCAUACACACACGUACACACAAUCACACGUACGUACACACACACACACACACACACACCCAUCCAUACACACACGUACACACAAUCAUACGUACGUACACACGCACACACACACACACACACCCAUCCAUACACACACGUACACACAAUCACACGUACGUACACACACACACACACACACACCCAUCCAUACACACACGUACACACAAUCACACGUACGUACACACACACACACACAUCCAUACACACACGUACACACAAUCACACGUACGUACACACACACACACACACACACACACCCAUCCAUACACACACGUACACACAAUCACACGUACACACACACACACACAUACACACAGCAGAGUGGGUGAAUAAAGCUGUGUAUUAGUGUCUGUGUGUGUUUGAGCUAAUGAGUGUGUGUUGUAUGUGUGCGUAAGGGUCAGUUAUGUAAUGCCGGUGCUGCAGUGGUUCUGGGCUGUGGUGAAGGGAAGGCUUUAUGCUCCAACCUACAGAGCUCUGAUGGGGGAAGACAAGUGAUGAUGUAAUGCCCUCACACACCCACAGGACAUCCAUCUCCUUGACUCCGACUCUUUUAUUUCAUCUCUCUUUCUUUAACUCCGUCUCUUCUCACCUCUCUCUUCCCUCCUUUCUCCCCUGCAGAGACUCCUGUCACAUCAUUGUCUAGAUCCAGCUGCAGUACUACUCCUCCAGUGUCUGCCCCAACCCCUGUUCCUGCCCUGACCACCACAGCCUCUACUCCAGGCCACUCUGCCCCCCCUGCACCUCAAAGCUCUGCCCAGUCUCAGGACCCCAACGUGGGCAAGGCCAGAGUGCAGCAGCCGCAGGCCUCUGGAACCAAACCCUCCACCACCAAUGCUACGACUGCUGCCGUGGGCCGCCACGACUCUGUUUCAGGCAGCGAACCCUGCGUCUCCAUGGUAACGGACAUCCCAUGCUGCCCCAUCAUCCCACCUGUGUCCCUGGACGAGAAUGGGGCGGGACAUAAAGGGGUGAGUGGCACUUCCUCAUGUCUACCCAAUCAGAAGGCCAGCCUGUCAGGAGACCCGCCCCCUCCGCUGGGCUCCCAACAGCCAGUGGUCCUGCAGCAGCCCUAUGCCAUGCCCAGCAUGGUGGGUGUAGGAGGUGGAGCUACAACACAAUCACAGCCCCAGAGUCCCGCCCACCAGGCUUCCCAGCAGCAGGAUGUACCUGGGGGGUCCGGGAGUGGAGGUGGAGGAGGCCCGGGGGAGUCUGAUGGAGAGGGCCCGCCCAGGGUGGAAUUUGUGGACCGCACCAUCAAGACUCUGGAUGAGAAGCUGAGGAACCUGCUGUACCAGGAGUACGCCCCAUCAUCAGCUCCCAACAGCACCGCCUCAGACCUUCAGGGCUCCAACACAGAGGGGGUCAGCUCUCCCCCUGUCUCUGACAGCCAGACCACCUCUGAAGGGGGGCUCCCCAGGAAGGGAGAGGUGCUGGUAAAGAUGCACUGUGUGUCUGUGUCUGUCUGUGUCUGUCCAGAUAUUCCGAUUGGGGCAGCCGCAGCUUUUUAUCUGAUGGAGGGGUGUGUGUGUGUGUGUGUUUGAAUCCUUGGUGUAAUAUUGAUUCAGCCAUUGAAUAUAGUCAGUGGCGUUCAGUGUGACUGAUACUGCAUUUAGCAAGAGGAAGUAGAGCUCAUGGCCCCUGGCCAGAUAGCCCAUUAUACUCUGCACCCCUGGCAGUUUGAUCUCUGAUGCGGGUUGAGUGGUGUGUGGGGUGGGAGGGCGCUGAUAUGUUUAGACAAAGCAGGGGUCAUAGAAGGAUAAUAGCUAGACUGAUUCACAACCUGUAACCCUGAUAUAACAUUUGACAGAAUUUUAAUGUUUUAGUUUUUCUCGUUUUCAGCCUCAGAUUCCUGAGCGUACAGAUAGUUUGGGUACACUGAGUGACUCUGCAGGUAAAUUACAUCACAAACCCAAUUUGAUAUGCUAUAUUAUGUGUUGUUGUAGUAUUCAUUUGUACUAUUUAGGAUAAACCCCAAGUGAUUCCCACUUUGUAAAUGUUGACCUUGAAUUGUAUUUUGUUAAGGAUUGCUGAACAGGAGAGACUUUGUGGGAAGUUCCAGUUCCUAUGGCUCCAAGAGCCGCUUUCAGGUAACCUACUUGAACCUACUUGAAGCUACUUGAAGCUACUUGAAGCUACUUGAAUCCCUCUCACUUUAACAAAGACGAACAUUCUGAAAUAAGACUACAUUUGACUUUGAUUAAAUUGAAUGAAUCUUAUGUAACUGUAAACAAUUGAAUCGGUUUAUUGAGAAUUAUUCAGUUUAUUCAAUAGUUGUUUUAGUUUAUUCAGAUUCUAUCUCCCUCUCUAGAUCGUCCCCACUCCUCCGGACGUCAUCCGUCGUUUAGAGAAGGGCAGAAGUCACAGCACCUGCAGCUCGCUGGCUCCCUCUAGUGGCUCGGGGGGCUCUCGCGCUGCAGCCGAGGGGGACGGCCCACGAGACCAGGGGUGUGUGGUCGUGGGUAGGUUCUCAGUGAUGACCACCGAAGAGGGGGCGGAAAGCGCCCCCAAACCCCACUGUAGUAACCGCUACUCAGCCCCCCCAGACUUCUACCAAGACACCACCGCCUCCAGCCCCAACACCACCCGCAGCCUGCUUCCACGUGCCCACACUGCUGACGCUGCCACCAACCACUCCUUCCACUUCGACUCUGACUCGGGGGAGGAGGACACCAGUAGUUUAGCCCGUCCCCUUGCCCACCACAAGCCUCCGGCUCAUGCCCUCUCGGAACACAGCGGAAGUGACCUCAUGAAGAGGGCGGUGGCCUUCCUGCGCCGCACGGGCCGCAGCAGCAGUGUGCAGAGCUCUGAUUCGCCGAGCCGGCAACCCGUGGUAGCGAAUGGCCACGCCAUCUCGCCGCCUGGACCCGGCCAUGUAUCGUACGUCAGUAGUGACAAUGACUCUGAGUUUGAGGAUGCGGACAUGAGGAAGGAGCUGCAGAGGCUGAGGGAGAAGUAUGUGCACACACGCAUAUGCGUUCACAGUCAUACACACAAAGAGUCAAAGUCAACCCAUUGAUAUAUAGCGAAUGAUCAACCACUGUAACCUUCAUAGCCCUAGAUAGGUUUGUAGCCCAUUAAACACUGCAGAGUGGUUUAACUGCUAGUUAGUGAACUUUUAAAAUUGUACGAGACAAUAUAAAUGACAGUUCCUGUCCCAGUGAGAGAGAAAUUGAAUACAUUCUUCUCUAUUGCACUAUGCAGAUUUUAAUUUUCCCUUUCUCAAUCUCUCUCUCUUUUCUCCUCAGACACAUGAAGGAGAUCUCUGAGCUGCAGGCGUUCCAGAGGAGUGAGAUAGAGCGUCUGUAUAAAGAGCUGGGGAAAGCCGUGCCGCCCGGUGUAGGCCUGUUGCACGCUGCUCCCCCUAGUGGCCGCAGACGCAAGAUCAGCAAACACAAGCUGAAGGCGGGCAAGCUGCUCAACCCAAUGGUGCAGCAGCUGAAAAACAACCUGAAUGCCACCACCACCGGUGAGAGGAAAGGUGUGUGGCUGUGUCAGUGGUGAGAAGAGAAGGGGUGUGUGGUGGAUAGAGUGAAAGGUGGGAUGAGGAGAGGUGUGAGUGACAUGUCUCUGUGAGAGAGGGGGAGGGAACGGAAGAGAGAGAGGUUUUUGUGCGCUGUCCUGAGCAAGGGGAAAUGAGAGUGUCUUGAGGAAGAUUGGGAGGGUUGGAAAUGUGGUAAUAACAAGAAAUGAACCCUAAAGCUGGUUCUGUGGCUAAUCCAGUAUUUCUCUCUGAAGGUGAGAGUGCACCGAGCUCGUCUGGCUCUCCAGCUAAGAGCUCCAUUGUGUCUGACAGCUCGGCCCGCUCCAGUGGCAGCAGCAGCAGUACCAGCGGAACUCGGCCCAGCAAGGCCCCAGAGCCUGUCCAGACCCAGCAGCCCUGCUCCCUCAAGGGCUCCUUCUCCUCUGACAACAUCUACGGUGGAGGCAUGGCCACACACGUAGGCCCAGGGCAAGGUACCUACACACACGCAUACAGGACAAGCUAUACACACACUGUGGCAUAGCACACACAGUACAAAUCCACACUGAGGAAUACCACCCACAUUUUAGUGCUUAUUAUGUGUCAAACACACACAUAGGAUACACACAAUAUACCAAAUGCAAACACACCCAAACACGUGUCACUCACUGAGGUGUGGACACGUACCCAAACACCCAUUUGUACUGAGGAACAACCAGCAGCUCAGCUUAAUCUGCUGUAAUAUUCUAAGCUCUCUGAUAUUCUAAGUUGGGUCUAUAUCGGAGGUCUCAUUAGUCUCGUAAGGGGCCGUGGAAACUGCCACAUUGAAACUUAGUCAUAAUUGUCAGUCUUCUAUCGAAAGCAAAUGUUUUUAGGCAAACGUAUAGAAGAGGGUGCCUCAUCACACAUUUCUCCUUUGCCAAAAUCCCGCCACGAUACUGCAUGACUUCUGAGGUGUCAAUGGAAGCUGUCUUCAAGCAUUGGUCCCAGAUCAGUUUAACACUCCUCAAGGUGAAGGUCAGGAUGAAUUGGGGAAAGUAGCCUGAUCUUAGACCAGUGCAUAGUGGUAACUUGUCCCUGUAGUGAAUGUGAGGGUUGUCUCCUGCUGCUGGUUUAGCCCAUGUGACUGUUACCGUGUACUGGUGCUGCGGAUGUUAGUGGUGGUGGUUUCUCAUCCCAAGUCUCUGUGUACUUUUACAGAAGUGUCUCUUUGUUUCUUCUCUUCUUCCCUCUUAUAUUCAUUUUGACAGGCUGGACGGUAUACCACCAAACGUCAGAGAGAGUGACCUAUAAAUCUAGUAGCAAACCACGUGCUAGAUUCCUCAGUGGACCCGUGUCUCUGUCCAUCUGUUUGUAUUUGUUAUUUUCUACUUUUCCUCACUCAUCUCAUCCCCAUCUCCUCUCUUUAGUUCACCUCUUUAUCUUUUCUCUCAAUCUUUUACUGUGUUUUUAGAUAGUGGAUCCUCCCCUCCUCACCCUCCCUGUCCCCAACACAAGCAUAUGUCAGCUAUUUUGUACGUCCUCAUAGUUGUUCUGGGUUUAGACAUCCCCCCCAUACAAACGCUUUGUGCACUGCUUCUGGCUUUAAACAGACUCCAAAAGCAUACUGUAUGUCAUAAAGCUCGUCUUCUCCAAACAUGGGCGAUGCUAGAUCCGAAACCUGAGCGUGUGUGUGUGUGUCCGCCAAAGCUUCUGUAUCCAAUGUGUGUUUUCAUUUACUAAAUUCCUUAAUUGUGAGGCGCAUCAGCUCAAGUCUACAACCCCUCUGUAUACCAAGACUAAAGCCGGCCCUCCCCUGAUAGCUCAGCCAGGUUCCAGAGAGGCUUGCUGUGGUAGAGGAGGUCCCUCUCUCUCGGUCUCUCAUGUUUGGACUGGGAGGACGUGCAUGGUGCAGGCAGGCGGGGGGCACUGUUGGAGACUGGCUCCUGCAAAAGGGCUGUAUCAUCAAUAUUAUCUACUUCCUCCUUCUCCUCUUCUUCUCCUGCUUUACCUGCAUGUCUUGAUUAGUGCUGACUGAUGUGCUCCGGCUAUAGUAUCUCUGUGCUCUUCGGUUUAGAUUUUUUUUUGGUUCCUUUGUUAGGUUUCACAGGCAUUCUUGUACUUACUGGUAUGUUUUAAAAUGAGCUUCAGGAGUCUCGUUACUCUAGUACUUACAGCAUUGAUCAUUCGGCAAUUUGGCUCUCCACUCAUUUAAAAUUAGUAUAUGUGAACGGCAUAGCUUUACUUUCAACACUGCCAUUGUACAGUUGAGUUAUCCAUUGUAACGUUUAACAUACCAUGUACAAACUGAAGUAAAACGAGCCCGGAGCAUGAAAUAUUGACAGUAUUACUGAAACAAUUACUUAUUCCAAGUAAGUUUAAAGGAAAGUUCUAGACAUGAAAAUAGGACAGGACAUGACAGGGUUACUAGGAGCAUAGAAUGGGAAGGUCUGAAGGACCUAUGACAGUGUUGACCUACCCCACCUUACUGUGGACCAGUCUUCUCCAAACCCCCUGUACUGUACUGUGUACCACCAUACCAGGACCUAGGUAUCUCUUUAUAGGCCUGAAAUAUUUGAUUUUGUUUUGGAUUGACAGCAGCAGUCUUUCCCCACUCCCAUUACGUCUCACUGAUUUUAAACCCCCUUCUCCUCCUCUCCUCUCCUCUCCUUUCUUCCUCUCGUCUCUCUCCCUAACUGAUUUGAUAGCUGUGUGUGGCUUUUCAGCAGCUUGUCCACAGACCUGUGGUGUGCGGUGUGUCCCGACCUAACUGUUUCUGUCUCUGUGCUGUUUUACCUUCUUAUAGGGUCCACACUGAAACGACUAUGUCUAGGCAAAGAGCGCAGCAGUAGUAACUAUCUCAUUUACUUCUUUCUCUGUCUUCUUUGCUCUCACUUUUUGUUUGUUUCUCUCUUUUUUUCUCUCUGUUGGCAUGAGCAGCCUUGGUUUAUAUUCACGUAUUGAGUUUGGCGGUCUGAAGAAAACGUGCCAGGUGUUGUUGGACAUGUUGUGGACGCUGUUGCACGAGGAGUGUCACCUUCAUGAAUUGAUUUUGUUUUGUUUUUGUUUGGUAGUGCAUGGCGGUGUUUGUCCUAAAUGUCUGAGUGCUGAAUAAUGUGACUUGUGUGGUUGUUUGUAUCAGCGUUAAUGGUUUCUGUUUAUUUUACUGUGGUGGAAGGGGGUCGGUUGGGUGGGUGGUCGGGAUUCAACCAUGCUGUAAUCCUUUGGCUGCUAGGUUUGAGAACCCACACAUUUGCUGUCCAGUUGAAUGAGAUCACAUGUCAACUCCACAUUUUUGCUCUAGUCAGCUGAGCUUUCUCCACAAAACAUUUACCACUCAAAGGGACAUUUUAAGGUCUAUAGAAAACCAAAUAAACUCUCAUUCCCAAUUUUAGUUGACCUGUUUGAUAUUUUAAUAAAUAUGCAGGCUCUAUAGAGGCUGAUGGUGGUUAAAGUGCCAUAGAUAACUGUAAAAGGCCGAACAGCAGCCAAUCGAUUCCAUCGGAAGGGUCUAACUGGGCAGAGUUUACAAAUCUUUCUGUGUUCUAGGGUCUUCUCACGGCGCCAGUGCAACUCAGACGGCGUCCAAUCAGCAACAGCCACCAGCUGUCCCCACUCCUUUGCCAUCUCCUCAACCAAUGACAGUGCUAGCUCAGGCCCAGACAAACAACAGCAACAACAAGAAGCCAGGCACCUUCACGGACGACCUGCACAAGCUGGUAGAUGAUUGGACGAAGGAGACGAUGGCGGCCACACAACCGCGGCCCUCUCUGAACCAGAUCAAACAGCAGAGACGCAUGCAGGACCUGGAGGGCCAAGCCACGCCCCUGGGAGGAGCCACGCAGGAGGUAACUGGCACAGAGAAACACAUCAAAAGUCUGAAGAAGACUUAUCACCAGUGUGAUAAACACUUUUGGGAGUUGCAGCCCGCCUCGCUCUCUAUUACCUGAUCAUGUGAAAAAGUCCAUGUACACAAUGUUAAACAUCCCCUUUGGUUCCUCCAGGUGAGAUGUCCCAUCCCUCCAAACAAGUUCCAGCUGCCUUUGUCGUGCCCGCUGACAGCUGCUUUAGGCUCAGCCAUGCCCACUGCCCUGAGCUCCAAACCCUCUGCCAUGCUCCAGCCCGGGUACAUGGUACCAGCAGGCCCCUACGGAGGGGUGGUGCCCGGCCCCCUAUACCCCCAGCAGUGGUCUGGUAUGCCCAGCCCUGUGGGAAUGAUGGGGGCAGCGGGAGGGAUGCCCUACCCCACCAUGGCCAAUGCCAGGGGUGCAGGCGUACCCCCUGACCCUGCACAGCCCUGAGAACGUCCCCAACACCAGGACUACCUAAUGUGACAACAAGCACCUCCCUGCACCCAGUAAACCCACAUCCCACCCCAUCGCCCCUGUCGCUCAACACAGACUGCCCCCAGAUGUUCCCCUCUAUCCUAGCACCCUCACAUCAGGACUGCCUGACUAACAGGUCUUAACUCAUCUUGUGUUGAUAACCUAACUCCCCUCUGUCCCCCCUGCUUCUCACUCCAGGGUUACAAUUGUAAUGAAAUCAAACUCUUAACUUUGAAUAGAGUGAUGGGCUGGGAAAGAGAGUAAAGUAGGGCCCACACAUUUAGAUGUUCCAAAAAAUGGCUUAUGGGUCAUUCACCUCAAAGCACAAGGAAGAGGAUUUCGACACCCACCAUCUGAUUGUGCUGAAAUAAUUUCUGUAGUUAGAAACAGAUAAUAUUAGCAUUCCUGAAAAUAUUUGUUGAGAUAUAAUUUGAUCUCUGAGAAAUCUAGCUAAUUGAUUGCACAAACAUUUGCCAUUUUAAAUGUAUAGGAUUCAUAUAAUCUUCAAUAAAUAUAGUACCUAACAUCCGAUUUGGACCAUCAUUCUUCCUAACAAUUAGUAAGAUGUGGUAUCCAAUAAAAUUAUCAAAAGCCACCCACGGACCCCUGUGAAUCUGGUGACAGUUUUUUCCCCUUUUCACAGAAAUUAGCCUUUUGAAGUCUCUUGCAUUAUUUACCAUAGAUUUGUGUGAAAGUACCCUGUUUUGCCCACUAGAUGCCACUGUUCCUGCUAUUGCCACACACAGAGGGGCCGUUUCCUGGACACAGAUUAAGCCUAAGAGAAGGACAAACAAUUGCUUUCAUGGAGGACUGGCUUGAAUUGUGAGGAUGACCAUACAAUUUGUUUUCAUCAUGAGCAAAAGCUAUUGGUUUUCUACCCAAAGUUGCAAAGAAAAUGCUGUGAUCCAUUUAAUAAGCACAAGAAACCUGCUAAAUUGAUAAAAAGGGUGUGGCAGUAGCAGGAAGAGCAGCAUCUAGUGGGCAAAACCUGGUACUUUCACACUAAUUUAUGGUAAAUAUGUAAGCGACUUCAAUGGCUAAUUUCUCUGAACAGAUUCACAAGGAAUAAAUUACAUAGGAUGAAGAAGCAAUAAUCCAAGCCGCAGCUCCAUAGAGAACUGAUCCUGUAUACUGGUUGUUAGGGUGAGAUUGGUGUGGGGGGUCUGUGGGUGACUUUAGAUUGGAUUACUCAUGUCUUACUCAAUGGUAGGAAGAAGUUUGGUCCAAAUCGGAUGUUGGGUACUAUAUGUAUUGAAUAUCAUGUGAAUCCUAUAAAUUAAAAGUGCUAAUUUGGGUGCAAUCAAUUAGCUUAAUUUCUCAGAGAUUAUACAUUUUAAUUAAAACAUAAUGUUGCAGGAAUGCUAAUCUUAUCUGUUUCUAACUACAGAAACGAUUUCAGAACAAUCUGAGAUGGCGGGUGUCAUGGCUUGCUGAAAUAACCUGGAACAACUCUUAUGUGUUGGAGCAUCUGAGUACUGGCCCCUACUUGACUGUACUACUGUACUACUAUACUACUCAACCCCUCCAGUGUUCCUAUAUGCAGGAUAGUCCUGCUCCACUCUGCUCUGAUUAUGUGGUCUGAUGCUUUGUUAAAGAGCAACACACGUGUAAAUAACCUGUGCGCUUGUAAAUAUCCAGUGUGCGUGGCGAUAUACUUUCUACAGCACCUGUAGUUUUCCUGUGUGUUUGUGUGUAUGUAUACGUGUGUACAGUAUAAAUGUUCUGUGUAUGUGUGUGUCUGAGCACCUACUGCUUUUAGCUUUGGUCUUGACUAAACUCACAGCCAUACUCUAUAAUAUCAGCGGUCACAAAUGUGAUGUUGUCACCAAAUCCGUCAUCAACGAUAAGUAGUCAUGUUUUCAGAUUGAUUUUUAUCGUUUACUAACGUUUUGUCAACCUUAAAACACUACAUUAGAAAUCAAAAUACAAGGGUUUAAGAUGAUGGGGCAGGAGACCUGUAUUUAAGGUGGAGGUUCUCUGGAGGAGUGUAGUGCCUUGAACAUAGAUUUUUCUGUAAAACGAAGCAAGUCCGCAUCCAAGUGAUUUUAUUUCACGGUGGCUUUUUUUCUUUUCUUGUUGGUUUACAUUUGAAUGCCCUUGUAGCGCUGCACUAUUAACACAGUAUAUGCUUUUAUUUAAGUAAUAAAAUCAUGUUUUUAAUCUUUGUUUACUCUCCACGCCUGUGACAUUUAGAAUGCCAUAGAGGUGAGAUGUACAGUUGCCCUGUGGGAACAGACAGUUGAUGUACAGUUGAGAGAAUAAAAUACAAGUAAAAACCCACUCAUUGGGCAGUGGGUAGUGUCAAAGGCAUAGUUAGAAUUCUUAGAAUUAACAUUCCUAUUCAAGUAAACGUUCCCCAGUGGGUGGACCAAUUGAAUUCUCAUUCUAUAUUUAUAGGUCUGUUUUCAGAGGGAAACUCGUAGUGUCCAGCUCAGAAUGUAGCAGAGAGGCAGGUUUGCCGAGCAAGACUUAAAGUGCAAUUUCACCUAUCCACCUAGCUUUCGUAGAGGCCUUCUCACAGGAACCUGCAACAGGAGCUAGUUUCUUUUGUUGCCGUUUAGUUGAACCUAAGUUACAAAUCACAUUGAAAACUGCUAAAUAUUUUCUGUUGGGGCAAGAACAUGGUUCUCCUAUUAUUAAGAACAUUAUGCGAAUUCUUUAGUGAAAACACCAGUUAUUAUUUACUUGUCUAAAGUAUUGCCAUUGUUUUUAUGUUUCUAAGCUUGAUUUUGAUGCUGCUAAUGUGGCUGAGGUGGAUCCACUGUAAGUAGGAAAGAGGAGUUGAUGGGAUGUGUGUUUUAUCUGGUCAUGGUACUUGAUAACACUACACACAAGAUGACACGGUGGAGUCCCUCCAGCAAUAAAAACCUUUGUCAGGGGGUGAUUUGUUUUCUAAAUGAGAUGAUGUUCAUGUGAAGCAGUGUUAUAUUGCCUUGUUGAAAUUAAUAAAUGAUGUAUCAUUUCCUAGGUGGUUAUUGAUGAUAGCUUUUCUUUAUUGUUUUGAGUGUUUGAUUUCUCUGUUCAGAAUGAAGCAUGCAAAAUGCAGAUGGGUACUUGAUUUGGAAGAUUUGCACAACAUGACCUGUGCUCUAACCAUAGACCAUAAUAUCAGUUCCAAUCUGUAGAAACAUGCCUCCAAACACACCUGUACAUAAUGGGGUUAACCCCCCCCCCCCCCACCCACCCCUAUCCUCCUGACCACUGAAGAGCAUGUCAACUGUUAUUUUCCAUACAGCGGAGAUUAACAUUACUACACCGUCAUUUAGAAAUGUCACAACCAACACCAAGGUUGCAGCACCCCAGUCCUGCCAAGCUGUGAAUUGUACAGUUUUCCUGUAAUUAAUAUUCAUACAUUUUCUUUGUUUGUCUAACUGUUUUGGGAUUUAGCGUCGGUGUAUAUUAUUCCAUCAAUUCGGUUUGAAUUGGACUUUUUAUAGGAUAUAAUGCAGAGUUCGUCUGCUUUGAUGAAAUACUUCCAGUAGUAAGAGAUUUCUGUUCUCUGUUACUCGUUGUAUCUGCCAUUACCGCUACACCUCCCUGUCUGUUACACUUAGUGAGCAGAUGUGGAAAUAACUCUGUUGGAAUAUUCACUGGGAGGCAACAUUCAGAUCCAUAGAAACUGAUUGUGUAGAGCAGAUAUGAUUCUCUGUGAGGAAUAGAGAACUGUGCCUGUUCUGAUCAUUGCAUUUCUAUCAGUUCUGAGCAACAUUGCCUCAUUGAAUAUGCCUCUGAUUGUUGAAGGCUUGCACUAAAGCUCUGUGUCUGAUUGCUUCUGCCUGCUGUGUAUUUCUCAUUACAUUACCUUACCAACCCAGUCAGCGCACUCAUCACAGACUGUACAUGUUUAAAGAGAGAAAUAAACAUUAUUUUGUGCUUGAUGUUGUCUCCUUUGUUCCUCAAUAAUCUAGAUCUACUAAAUAUAUCUCUCUGGUCAUGGUGGGUGGACCUAUGCCCUCCCAUGGCUGUGCCCCUGCCCAGUCAUGUUAAAUCCAUAGAUUAGGGCCUAAUUCAUUUAUUUCAAUUAACUAAUUUCCAUCAAAUCAAAUGUUAUUUUUCACAUGCGCCGAAUACAACAGUGAAAUGCUUACUUACAAGCCCAUAACCAACAAUGCAGUUUUAAGAAAAAUAAGUGUUAAAUAAAAAUAGAUAUGUAAAAAUAAAAUAAGAAGAAAAAUAACAAAUAAUUAAAGAGCAUCAGUAAAAUAACAGUAGCAAGGCUAUAUACAGGGGGUACAGGUACAGAGUCAAUGUGCGGGGGCACAGGUUAGUCGAGGUAAUAGAGGUAAUAUGUACAUGUGGGUAGAGGUAAAGUGACUAUUCAAAGAUAAUAAAGAGAGAGUAACUGUAACUCAGUAAAUAUUCGAAAUUGUUGCAUGUUGCGUUUAUAUUUUUGUUCAGUAUACAUUUGACUGUAGAACUAUGAUAUUUAAUAAAUAAUGUUCCUUUGCCAGGCUAGACUGAUCAAAUAAUCAAUUUCAAACCUAUCAGGCACGUGUAACUGAUAUAUAAUUUUUCAUAUUCAAAUUUAUGGCGCAAACCCCUCCCAUUAUGAUUCACGUUUCCAUAUUGGCAGAUUCGCAAAUGACAAAAAUAAAUACAAAAUUAAAAAACAUGGUCUUAUACGUGUUAAUAAAAUGUAAUGCAGCCUAUUUUAUCCCCAUGUUUUUCGUCUUUGGACAUUCUUUAAAUUGCAUUUUUAUCCAGAUGUAUAUUAAAAAGGUGCGAAACGGAUCGCUAGAUUCGCCACACAGAAAAAGAACAACAAAAGGAAGCGAAUUACAUUUAACGGUGAAAAUGUGACGCCACUUGACUAGGCGUCCAUCGAGUUUCAGAAUUACACCUUCCUCAAACACCAAAGAAUGGUACACAUCAAAAUUAGGGCCUUAUUUCGACAAAAGCACCAAAGAACAAAUCCUCGCUUUGACGAAAGUGCCCACACGCGCCUGUGGCGUACAGCAGUGGCUGCCCCUUUUGUUCGCUGGAGUUCCUGAAUUAAUCCCAUCACAAUUAAAUAACUAGGAUAUUGUGUGUUUUUUUUAGACCAUUUACCCCACAUUUCUCAUGAUUAGAUUGGGUUUCAUAGGAUUAAUAAAUCGAUCUGCAAUCGUCCCAUUUACCGAGCUGGAGUGAGAGAUUUUGCAGCAUCCAAGCUUCAGGAGCCCUGAGUAGUAAGUGUUUAUUAAUUCAUUGCUACAUUUGCUAUGUAUUCGUGGUGUCUAGAGAGAAAUAGGCUUACAUUUAUAAGGUGUUUUAUUAAUUUUGUAAAUUGUAAUUAUGUGUGCUUUGAUAGUUGUUACAAUUGCUUUUCGAACCGUUUCUGAUCCUAUAGCGAGAUACGAAGAUCCAGGAUUCUGAGUGCAACAUUAUCAUAACGAUUGUCUAUUUAUCUUUCCCUAUUAGUGAAUGUAGAACUGUAGGUUUUGCUUAAGUUACAUUAAUAGGUUGCGAUCAGUUGACCACAGAGUGUUAUAUUGUAGUGGCUGAUCAGGGUGAGGUCUAACCAUUGUGGAGGGAAACAUUGUAGCAAGCUGAACGUGCCCUAUCACUGGAGCUGUCUGUUACAAUGCAUCACCUCGAGUUGUUGUAACCCAUACGAUUGGUUACAAUGUUUCUCAGGCUUCUAUAGAUACAAAUGUAUCAUUUUGCUGAAAACUACCAACAGUAGUUGCAAUCUAGUGGAUAUGGCUAUCUGGUAGCACUUGCAAGAUAGUUGCUACAAAUAGCUGCUACACAUUUCCUUGGAUCUUUGAGCACGUGAAUAGAACAACAUAUUAUGCGAUUACGCUAUCCAAAUCAUGGGCUAAUUGAUCGAUCAAGAGUAAAAGAGACAUUCAUAACAUUGAUUAUCUUAUACGUUGAUUAGUUUGCCAUAGUUGUAUAUGGUACUUCAGGUAAAUACGUUUCUUCAGUGAGAGUGGAGACUAUGUGCAGGUGUUUAGAAGUUUACUUUUUGAUUGAUAGACAGUUUCUGGUUGAAUCAACAUCCAAAUGUAUCUGUUAUCUGUAAUCCAACAUUACAAACGCGUAACGUUAUCUCAGCUGUCAAAUCGAUCAGGUAGCUAUCUAACUACCUUUUUAUGUCUUCAGUUUAAGAUGUUAAUCAGUUUUAUUCGAAAAGUAAGCAGUAUGAUGAGCAAUAUUGCAAGUAAAAUGUAAUUUGCAAUCAUUAAAACUAGCAAGAAAAAUGGAUGCAGCUGUCGGUGCCAUGGUAAAGUUGACAGCUCUCCAGCCACGUGCCUGCUGUUGACAGGGUCUUGUUUCCUUGAAAUUGGCAAGACACCAUGGCAUAGCUUUUAGGAUUCCAAAAGGCUGAAGGCAAUAGACACAUUCUUUGUUGUUUCCAACAUAGACUGAUUACUUUAUGGACAUAAUACUACCCACUGGCAUGUCUGUGUUUCAAUAAUGUUGGAGUCAGAGAUGGCAAAAAUAAAUUGUUGCAAAAUUUACAUCAGGGUGCAUCGUCUCCCCUCCUCUAUCUCUCUGUGUGUCUCAGAUGUAAGCUUGAACAGCUCCUGUCCCAGCAGUGGCCAUCUGCACAAUGGGGCUGGACUUUGACGUGAAGACUUUCUGCCACAACCUCCGGGCCACCAAGCCCCCUUACGAGUGCCCCGUGAAGACCUGUCGCAAGGUCUACAAGAGCUACAGCGGCAUCGAGUACCACCUCUACCACUACGACCAUGACAACCCAACGCCUGCACAGGCCAUGCCCCAGAAGAAGAGGAAGGGGCGCCCCCCUCGAGUGUCCCUGGUUGGGACCGGGGACGGGGAGGGAGGGGUGGGAAAGGGAGGUGGGCUGGGGCUUGGCGGGCAGGGAGCGAACACCCCUGGGAGUCCUAACCGGUCGGAGCUCUCCCACUCCCCAGGCAGGGAAACGAUGACCUAUGCCCAGGCCCAGCGUAUGGUGGAGCUGGAGAUCCAUGGACGCAUCCACCGCAUCAGCAUCUUUGAGAACAUUGACGUGGUGUCAGAGGACGACAGCGGGGCCGAAGACCCUCCAUCCUCGGGUGGAGGGGGAUGUGGGGGAGGGGCGUGUAAUGGGGGAGACAGCGGGGGAGGAGGGAGUGAGGUGGGGGGCAACGGCAAGGACAGGCCUGACACCCCUGCUGCUAACGCAGGGAAGGCCACACCUAAGUCUGGGAAGCACAAGAGUAAAGAGAAGAAGAAGGAGGUAUCAUCGCACCACAACAGUGCUUCCUCUGGCCCGGCUGUCAAACUGCCUGAGGUUGUGUACAGAGAGCUGGACCAAGAGAGGCCUGACGCACCCACACGUCAUUCCUCCUACUACAGGUCAGUCACAGUAUCACACAACACUCAUCCUACUACAUGUCAGUCAGUCACAGUACCCUGCCUAAGCGGGUGGUAUUGAAGGUCAUGUCCAAACUCUCUCACUCCAUUCCUUUCUGCAUCCUCUCUCCCCCCCCACACUUUCCUCUCCCUCAGGUACAUAGAUAAGUCGGUAGAGGAGCUGGAUGAGGAGGUGGAGUAUGACAUUGAUGAGGAGGACUACAUCUGGCUGGACAUCAUGAAUGACAAGCGGCGUAGUGACGGGGUGACGCCCAUCCCCCAGGAGGUGUUUGAGUACCUCAUGGACCGGCUGGAGAAGGAGUCCUACUUCGAGAGCCACAACAAGGUGACAAACACUAGAUCCACUCUUUCUCUCUCUCUGAGGAACAGCUUUUGUGUCAGUCCAGCUUUUUUCCACCUUCUUUCCAGACGUGAUGUUGAGUACCCACUUACUUUAUCUGUCACCUGUUGGGUGUGUGGUCUACUGGAUUGAGUGAGCAGUAUGAUGUAAUGGCAUCAGCUGUGUGAGUCUGUUCCCUUAAAUCAGGGGUAUUCAACUGAGGGUCCGCAGAGGUACUGCAGGGGGUCCGCAAAAAUAAAUAAAUAAAUAAAUAUAUAUACAGUGCAUUUGGAAACUAUUCAGACGCCUUGACUUUACAGCCUUAUUCUAAAAUUGAUUUAAAAAAUAAUAAUCCUCAUCAAUCUACACACAAUGCCCCAUAAUGACAAAGCAAAAACAGGUUUUUAUAGAUUUCUGAAAAUGUAUAAAAAAUUAAAAACAGAAAUGCCUUAUUUACAUUAGUAUUCAGACCCUUUGCUAUGAGACUCGAAAUUGAGCUCAGGUGUAUCCUGCUUCCAUUGAUCAUCCUUGAGAUGGUUCUGCAACUUGAUUGGAGUCCACCUGUGGUAAAUUCAAUUGAUUGGACAUGAUUUGGAAAGGCACACAACUGUGUCUAUACAAGGUCCCACAGUUGACAGUGCAUGUCAGAGCAAAAACCAAGCCAUGAGGUCGAUGGACUUGUCCGUAGAGCUCUGAGACAGGAUUGUGUUGAGGCACAAAUCUGGGGAAGGGUAUCAAAACAUUUCUGCAGCAUUGAAGGUCCCCAAGAACACAGUGGCCUCUAUCAUUCUUAAAUGGAAGAAGUUUGGAACCACCAAGACUCUUCCUAGAGUUGGCUGCCCGGCCAAACGGACCUAUCGGGGUGAAGGGCCUUGGUCAGGGAGGUGACCAAGAACCCGAUGGUCACUCUGACAGGGCUCCAGAGUUCCUCUGUGGAGAUGGGAGAACCUUCCAGAAGGACAACCAUCUCUGCAGCACUCCACCAAUCAGGCCUUUAUGGUAGAGUGGCCAGAUGGAAGCCACACCUCAGUAAAAGGCACAUGACAGCCCGCUUGGAGUUUGCCAAAAGGCACCUAAAGGACUCUCAGACCAUGAGAAACAACAUUCCCUGGUCUGAUGAAACCAAGAUUGAACUCUUUGGCCUGAAUGCGAAGCGUCACGUCUGGAGGAAACCUGGCACCAUCCCUACGGUGAAGCGUGGAGGUGGCAGCAUCAUGCUGUGGGGAUGUUAUUCAGCGGCAGGGACUGGGAGACUAGUACGGAUCGAGGCAAAGAUGAACAGAGCAAAAUACAGAGAUAUCCUUGAUGAAAACCUGCUCCAGAGCGCUCAGGACCUCAGACUGGGGCGAAGGUUCACCUUCCAACAGGACAACGACUCUAAGCACACAGCCAAGACAAUGCAUUAGUGGCUUUGGGACAAGUCUCUGAAUGUCCUUGAGUGGCCCAGCCAGAGCCCGGACUUGAACCCAAUCAAACAUCUCUGGAGAGACCUGAAAAUAGCUAUGCAGGAACGCUCCCCAUCCAACCUGACAGAGCUUGAGAGGAUCUGCAGAGAAGAAUGGGAGCAACUCCCCAAAUACAGCUGUGCCAAGCUUGUAGGGUCAUACCCAAUAAGACUCGAGGCUGUAAUCGCUGCCAAAGAUGCUUCAACAAAGUACUGAGUAAAUGGUCUGAAUACUUAUGUAAAUGUGAUAUUUCUGUUUUUUAUUUUCAAUAAAUGUGCAACAAUUUCAAAAAACCUGUUUUUGCUUUGUCAUUUAUGGGGUAUUGUGUAUAGAUUGAUGAGGGGGAAAAAACAAUUGAAUCCAUUUUAGAAUAAGCCUGUAACGUAACAAAAUGUGGAAAAAGUCAAGGGGUCUGAAUACUUUCCGAAUGCACUGUAUAUAUAAGUGGAUUAUUUAUACUUUUUUAUGAAUAUCGCUAGCAACUAAUUUUGAAUUACAUACCGACAGUAGAAAAUUGAAGAAUAUCUUCUUUCUAAUGAUGCCAAUUUUAUUUCUCAGCUCCUAAUAUUGAGCAAAUGACACUCAUUGGAGUAUCUGACAUAGGCUUUGAAAAAACACCCUUAAAUAGACUACCAGUGCAGCAAGUGCCACUGACUGCUGGUAAGCUUUCUUGACAUGGACAUACAUGGCUAACCUUUGUCUAACCAGCUAAACAGCUGCUCUUAGCGAAAAUAUUUUUGUAGUUACCUUUCAAGCUAAUAGGCUAUGUUAGAGUUCACACUUCCUCUUCCAAUUAUAAUGUGGGGAGGUCAAAAUAAUGAAAAACGAUCUACCAAAUCUAUUCAUUUAAAAAUGUUGAUUACUUCUCCUUGCCAUUAUCAUUCACCUGAUGAUAAGACAAGAUGUGAUAUUAUAAUUAUAAUAACGUUUAUGGGGUCACCGGUUUGCCUGGGAGGGGGGUCUCUGGCCAAGAAAAGGUUGAAGUCCCCUGCCCUAAAUGUUUAUCCCCUUACCCUCUCUCCCCUUUUCUUCUCCCCCUUUCCCCUUCUCUCCCAGAUGGACCCCAGCGCCCUGAUCGACGAGGACGCCGUCUGCUGCAUCUGUAACGACGGCGAGUGUCAGAACAGCAACGUGAUCCUGUUCUGUGACAUGUGUAACCUGGCUGUACACCAGGAGUGUUAUGGCGUGCCCUACAUCCCUGAGGGCCAGUGGCUGUGUCGCCGCUGCCUCCAGUCCCCCAGCCGGGCCGUCGACUGUGCCCUCUGCCCCAACAAGGGCGGAGCUUUCAAACAGACGGACGACGCACGCUGGGCCCACGUGGUGUGUGCCCUCUGGAUCCCUGAGGUGAGAGUGUGUGUGAGGGUAAGAGUGUUUGUGAGGGUAGGAGUGUGUGCAAGGUUAUUAUUUGUUUUUUAAACAGCUAAUUGACCGACGUUGGUUCAAUUAUUUGAAUUCCAUUUACAUUUACAUUUUAGUCAUUUAGCAGACGCUCUUAUCCAGAGCGACUUACAGGAGCAAUUAGGGUUAAGUGCCUUGCUCAAGGGCACAUCGACAGAUUUUUCACCUAGUCAGCUCGGGGAUUCGAACCAGUGACCUUUCGGUUACUGGCACAAUGCUCUUAACCACUAAGCUACCUGCCGCCCUUUUUUAAUUCCUUUAUUUUUUUGUGAGCUCAAUGCGCAGUUUCUCUAGAGAUAAAUCAGCUCAAGCCCGAACUGCGCGAUGUAGUAGGGAGUUAUAGAUUCCAACAGGCCAAUAUUCUACAUAGUUUAGCGCGGAAAACAUGGUAAUUAACUACAAUUACCAUAAUCCAUUGCACGCCUACUUGUCCGGUCUGUGUGGGGAAUACACAGAGACGGAGAGAAGAGACAGAAGAACACAUGAUCGAGAGGGAUAGAGAGCAGUUGCUUCGUGAGGUAUCCCUACCUGAAAAUACAUGAUCUAUGUGACUGAUAGUUGGUAUUUAGUAGUCAUAAAAGUAUGCCUUACUUACUUUGAAGAACUACUAAAAAAUAUAUUUAUUCAGACAGCAUCUCUAUAGAGAUGAGAUGACUUGGAAUUAAAUAAUAAAGUAUCAAAUCAAACAAAUGUAACAGCUGAAAUAUUUUAUUAAAGUAAUAUGAAUAAAUUCUGGCUAAAUGAUGAGCUGUAAUGGGCAGUCAUGCCCAUUAUGGGACUUUAAUUCAUUGUUUUAUUCUGUGUUGUUACAGCAUACAACCCACAAUGCAUAGUGAAUUUGUCAUAAAAAAAAAAAAAAUGCUGUGCCUGUCUCCAUCUCGUCUGUCGUGUUGACAAUCCUGUUGCAAUGAAUGUGGCUGAUCUCCUCACCCCUUUCUCCCUCUCCUUCUCUCUCUCCCCAGGUGUGUUUUGCCAACACAGUCUUCCUGGAGCCCAUUGACAGCAUCGAGCACAUCCCCCCGGCGCGCUGGAAGCUCACCUGCUACAUCUGCAAGCAGCGCGGCUCAGGGGCCUGCAUCCAGUGCCACAAGGCCAACUGCUACACAGCCUUCCACGUCACCUGUGCCCAGCAGGCCGGCCUCUACAUGAAGAUGGAGCCCGUCAGGGAGACCGGCGCCAACGGCACUUCCUUCAGCGUCCGUAAGACCGCCUAUUGCGACAUCCACACCCCGCCCGGCUCUGCACGUCCCCUCGGAGGGGUGGGAGGGGCUAGCAUGGGCUCCUCCCAAAGUGAGGGCGAGCUGGAGGAGGACGAUGAGCCCAGUAUAGGUCACGAUGACGACUCCAAGGGCUGGAGCUCAGAGCGGGCCAAGAGGGCCAAGGCCAAGUCCCGACUGAAGAUGAAGAGAGCUAGGAAGAUACUGGCUGAGAAGAGGAACGCGGCGCCCGUGGUGUCUGUGCCCUGUAUACCCCCACACAGGUACACACACACACACACACACACACACACACACACACACUGCAGACUCAAAGGCAUACAGAUUCAGACAUCACAUACUCUCCCAGUCCUACCAUCUCCCCUGUGUGGUCCUCCCCAGGCUCAGUAAGAUCACCAGUAACCUGACGGUGCCCAGGAAGAGCCAAUUCAUGCAGCGACUGCACAGCUACUGGACCCUGAAGAGGCAGAGCCGGAAUGGCGUCCCUCUGCUGCGCCGGCUCCAGACCCACCUGCAGUCGCAGCGCAACACAGAGCAGCUACAUCCACAGCCGCAGGCGCCAGAGUCACAGGUUCCCACGGUAACCACCACACAGUCUCUGUCUGGUGUUGUUAUCUCAGCGGUAGGGAGAAUACUACUGGAAGCUCUGCAUGUGUUUGGACUAAAGUGUGGCGACUAUUGAGAAAGGGAGUGCGAGAGCGUGUGUGAUGCUCUGUUAAUGUAAAUGAGAGGGUUGCAUUGUCUUAAGUCAUUGCUUUGUUUGAUUCUGCUGUAAUGGUGUGAGUGUGGGUCUGCAUCCUUAUUAACUGUGUAGGCGUACGGGUGUGUUACACUGCCAAACUAACCAGUUUGUGUGUGUGUGUCUGUUCAUUUUUGAGGGUGUGUUACAUUGCACAUUUAACAUGCGUGUGUGUUGGUGCCCCAGCGGGACAGUGAGGAGAAUAACUUGGCUCUGAAGGAGCAGCUGAAGGCAUGGCAGAGACUGAGACACGACCUGGAGAGAGCCAGACUACUGGUGGAGCUCAUCCGCAAGAGAGAGAAACUCAAGAGGGAGACGGUGAGACACACACUCCUCACAUGCACGCAUUUGUGUAUUGACACACAAACACACACUUGACAUCUGGUAGUUUGCACAGUGAGCAGGUGUGUUUACAGUGUGUGUGUGGAAUGUGUAGAUCAAGGUGCAGCAGAUGGCACUAGAGAUGCAGCUGACUCCCUUCCUAGUCCUGCUGAGGACCACUCUGGAGCAACUACAGGACAGAGACAUCAGCAACUUCUUCACUGAGCCUGUCCCCUUGGCCGAGGUAACACACGCAAGCACACACACACAAGCACUUAUUUGCACACACUUGUGUUAUCUUACACACAGUGGCUGGUAGGCUUUAACCCCUGACCCCUGUCUCUCUCCUCAGGUGCCAGACUACCUGGACCACAUCGAGAGGCCUAUGGACUUCCAGACCAUGUGGAACCUACUUGAGUCUCACCGCUACCUCAGCUUCGAGGCCUUCGAGGCAGACUUCGGCCUCAUCGUCAACAACUGCCUCAAAUACAACGCCAAGGACACAGUGUUCUACCGCGCCGCUCUGCGCCUCCGGGAGAUGGGCGGGGCUGUGAUCAGGACCGCCCGCAGACAGGCUGAGCGAAUCGGCUUGGACUAUGACACAGGCAUGCACCUCCCCCGAGAGCCCAGCCCGGACAGCCAGCGCGACAGAGAGCGAGACCGAGAAAGGGAGAGAGAGAGGGACAGGGACCGAGAACGAGAGAGGGACCGAGACGGAGACAGGCCGCUGUCCUCCAAUGAGGAGGGUGAGGGGCUUGGAGUCCUGUUUUACCAACCAGCUUUUCUACUCCCGCCUCUCCCCCUUUCUCCUUUUCCUAUAGUUGUAUUCUUCCACUUAAGUUAUUGUGUUGCUGUAUAGCCGUGUGGGAUUCUGUACUUGUGUUAAAUUUCUCUCUUUCUCUUAGACCUGCUCUUACCAGAGAACCGGCGGCGGCUGCCAUUGGAGGAGCAGCUGUGUUUCCUGCAGGCGCGCUUUGAUGAGGUCAGCUCGGGGAAACACAGCAUCGGUCGGUCGCGGCGGGCCAAAGCCCUGAGGAAGGAGAUGACGGUCAUCAAGAGGAAACUGGCUCACCAGAGAGAGGGGGGCUCGGGCAUGGGGGGCAGGGACUCAGGGGGCGGAGGGGACAGGGGAACAUCCCUCCCCCAUCACCCCCCCUCCACGGGACGCCAUGACGAGGGGGAGGAGAGUAGCAGUCAGGAGAUCAGUGGCAAGGGUGAGACUGAGGGUAUAUCUAAACUAACUCACAGUACAUACGCUAUGCAUUCAUAUGCAUGCAUUAAUAACUAUUCAUAACUAUCUCACACAGGCAUACCCCUACCGUACUGGUAAUUAAUGCCCAACUCUCAUUUCAGGAAGGAUGGAUAUAGAAUAUUCUUCCAUUUUCUCUUCCUCUCUCUCUCAGUAGAUCUAAGUGCAUCAUCCUCAGCUCUAGCUCCAGAGGUGGGACGUCGUACCUCUGUCCUCUUCUCCAAGAAGAACCCCAAAACGGCCGGACCCCCCAAGAGGCCAGGCCGCCCCCCUAAGAACAGAGACACGGGGGUAAGCCCCAGUCCGAUAGGUCCCCCCCAACUGCCCCUCCUGUCCCCCCCCUCGGCAGAGGAAGAGACCCCGCAGCCCCCACAGCAGCUCCAGCUCCGAGAGUGACAGUGACGACCUCCUUCCGAGUGAGACACACACACACACACACACACACACACACACUCACACUUCUUACACUAGCCCUGUAACAACAUUGUUACAUUGUCAUUACUCCUAUUUUUUAACUGUUAUGACUCAGGUCAGUCUAGUAAUUGUAGCGGGUAUGACUCUGUCUUCUAGGUCUGCCCACUAACGGUUUUGUCGGGGGCAACCAGCCGGUGACAGAGAGUUUUCGGGUGUACAGGAAUGAGAGGAGCCUCCCUCGAUCCAGCUCUGACUCUGAAUCCACCACUAGUAGCAGCAGUAGCGCUGCCUCUGACAGAACCAGGUCAUUAUGAUCCACACACAAUGGCCUUUAUACGCAGUCACAUAGUCGAACACAACUGCACUUUCAAUGACACACACAUUUUGGUUUAGGAUGAAUGAAUUGACUCUUUUUUUGUCUCUCUCUCUCUCUCUCUCUCUCAGUACCACUCCGUCUAAGCAGGGCCGGGGGAAGCAGUCGUUCUCUCGUUCCACCUUCCAGGAGGACAGCAGUGAGGAGACAUCAGGGACAGAGAACGACUCCUACUCUGUGGGAGGGUCACGCAGCGUCUCACACUGUGAGUCACACACAGACACACAUGUAUAUGCAUGCCCUUAUCUCCAUCUGUCGCACCACCUCUACCUCUCCUUUUCCCAAAGUGUGUGUGCGUUUAAGAGGUGAAAAUAGCUGUUUAAACAGAUUUUUCACGUGUUUCUGUGCUAAAAAAUUUUGUCACCUUUUUGGGGCCCUUACCAGUUUGCAUCCCUGUUUAUGUGUGAUUCUGAUGUAUCGUGUGUUUCUCUCAGUAGGGUGGGGCCGGGGCCGAUCAGGUUGUAGGAUGCCAUCAGAUGACUACUCUUCCCUUGAUGCUCUGGACCUGGUGUGGGCCAAGUGUAGAGGCUACCCUUCAUACCCUGCUCUGGUAAUUCAGCCAUGGAUGGACACACAAAUACAUUUAGGAUAAACUAUGGUUGUAAUUUCUGUUCGGCCACAAGGAGGCAGUAUAUCAUACCUCUCAAACCAUAUUCAUGAAACUAUCAUAUAUCUCUUAAAAGUUGGUAUUUUCCUGUCCUCUACUCCCUCUAACCCUCCUCCUCCCCCUGUAGAUCAUAGAUCCUAAGAUGCCCAGGGAGGGGGUAUUCCACCGAGGGGUCCCCAUCCCUGUGCCCCCCCUGGAAGUCCUGAAGCUGGGGGAACAGAUGACCCAGGAGGCCCGUGAACACCUCUUCCUGGUUCUCUUCUUUGACA